AUGUUCACGAGUAUAUUAUACGAAAAAGAUUGCUAUCCGGAGUACGCGAAUGAGAAUAUCUCACAAUUGGUCGUGACAUGGAUGGGACAAAGAUGUCCAUCACCAUCAAUCAUGUAUCCAACAGUUGUCAUUUACAGUCUCAUUCUAUUUUUGGGACUCGUCGGAAAUGUUUGCACGUGUAUUGUCAUUUUCGCGAAUAAGAAUAUGCACAAUCCAACGAAUUAUUAUUUGAUAAGUCUGGCACUCAGCGAUCUCUUGAUAUUGAUAUUGGGUCUUCCAAUGGAACUUUACAUGAUCACCGAUUUCAAUUACCCUUAUCGUUUCCCGGAGAUUGUAUGCAAAUCGCGAGCUUUUCUCGUCGAAUUCACUUCAUAUGCGUCGAUUCUCAUCAUUUGUCUGUUUUCCGUGGAACGAUGGAUUGCUAUUUGUUUCCCCUUGAAAUCUCAACUUUUCUCCGGGAAUUCGCGUUCGAUGAUCCUCAUCUCGAUUUGUUGGUUUCUUUCUUUUCUUUUCUCACUUCCCGUUGCUUUUGUUGUUCGAAUCAACAAAGUGCCUCUACCCGAUUUUGCUCAGAAUAAACCCUGGACACAUUUGGUUUCCUCAGACAGUGAAACAAUCGAUCGAACUGAAUUCUGUGCAAUGGAUAUCAAUGAUUUAAAGAAUCAGAAAAAGAUUAUAUAUUUUGCCUUUUUCACUUUCUUUCUGAUUCCAGCAAUUAUAAUCACAGUAAUGUAUGGACAUAUUGCGGUAAGAAUGCACAAAUCGGAAACACUUUUGGGAGCUGAGAAAUCGGGACCGAGCAAUAAGAGGAGUGUGCUCAAAGUGCUGGUUUCCGUAGUGAUCACAUUUUUUCUCUUUUGGCUUCCAUUUCACAUGCAGCGAUUAUUAUCAAUAUUUUUGAAUGAAAAUCAAGCGCAAGCUUCAACGACAAUUCAAUCCAUUUUCACAUUGGUUUUUUAUAUAUCAGGCUAUUGUUACUACUCAAAUUCUGCUUGUAAUCCAAUUCUUUACAAUAUUUUCUCCACCAAAUAUCGUUUGGCGUUUUGUCGAACGAUUCUCGGAGAGAGAUUGACGAAAAAAUUCUGUCCGAGCUUCAAAUCAGAGAGGAGUUUUUUAACGCAAAGUUAUCGCGCAAAUGCAAUGUCUCGUUUCUCUUCCCUCCACCGUACUUCAUCUCGUUUUUCCGAAGCUGCUCAUUUGCGAAGAUCGAGAAGAGAAAAGGGUGAAAUGGGCGGAUCAUCAACUCCCAUCCCAGCAUUGAGAAGAAUUUCUUCCGAUCCCCAAUUCUCACUUAAAGUACCAGAAUCUUCUGAAGAGAUGAGACCAGUUUCCUCGAGUCAAGCCUUUCUU